AUGGUUAUUGAUUUGAAUGUUACUGAUGACGGAUUUGAUGAUGAAGAAAUUGAGAAUGAUUUUGAGGGCAAUGAAUGUAGCUUGUCUGAAGAGAUUAUAGAAUCAGAUCUCCAUCUGGAGUUUGAGUCAUAUAAGGCAAUAAGAAAUGAACUUGGGGAAAAAUUGCAGGUUGGUGUUGUUUAUGAUAGUUUGGAUGUGAUUUAUAUUUUGUACUUACAAUAUGGUGUUUUAAGUGGAUUUAGUAUUAAGAAGGGAAGCCAAAAAAGAUUCGAUAAUAGUGAUGAUCUUCGGUUAAAAGUUUAUCAUUGUUCUUGUGAAGGGUAUCCAGAUAAUAAGCGUUCGGUUGGCCGAAUUGCUUGUUACAAGAAGCAAGUUAGUCGGACGAAUUGUAAGGCAAGGUUGCGAGUCGUUAGAGGGGAAGAAGGCCUAUGGACUGUAACUGUUUUUUUUAACCAACACAACCAUGAAUUAGUGUCACCUGAUCAGUGUUAUACGUUGAGGUCGGCUCGACAGAUGUCACAUGCCAAGAAAUCUGUAUUAGACGCUCUUAGGUCAGUUGGAAUUAAGAUCAGUAGUGCCUAUAGGUUCAUGGAAAAAGAAGCCGGUGGACGACCGAAUGUAGGAUUUACCAAAAAGGAUGCAUAUGCACAUGUAAAUUUAUCCAAAAAGCAAACGAAACUUGAGAAUGGAGAUCAUAUCUCCCCCUUUUUUCCUUUUACUUUUUGA